AAUAUUUAUAGAAGAGAACAUUUGCCAGUUGAACGCGAAUAAAUACGCAACACGGACAGGUUUUCAUACAAUUGUUGUGCGUGGUCAAUACGAAAGUAUCUUUUAUCUUUUCUUGGAUUCUCCGUGGAAAGUGGUCAUUACCAAGCAGUUUUCCAGUAAAAUUUUUGAUUUUCGGUUACAAUGAAAGUUAUUUGUGUCGCCGUUUUCGUGGCUCUUGCCGUAGCUGAAAUCUCAGCAGGUACCGGAUACUAUGUACCAAAGGCUUUCUACACCAUUGACCAAGAAGGUCAAGCUUCACCAGUGUUCCAAAUCAGUGACGCCCAUAACGAAGCCUUAAGACGGUUCAGAAGAUCACCACAAGGGUCAUCUUCUUCAUCAUCGUCAUCAAGCUCUUCAUCAUACAGCAGCGAUGGUGGUCCAGUGUACUUUAGUCAACAUACAGCAGUUCAUUCCUCAGGACCAGGAGGAGUAGGUUUGGGAAGUCGUUUCGGCGGAGAUGAUGAACCCGUCAGCGGAGGACAUUAUACUCAAACCUCAGGAGUUAUCGAUAACAACGGCAAGGUUUACUACAACACUCGCAGUGGACGCUUCUAAAUUUCGAAUAGCAACAAAAUAAGUACCAGUACUGGUUCCAUGUGAAAUAAGACAUUUUGAAAUGAAUCAGAUAAAUCAAAAUAUAUAAAUACAAUAUUUUUCUAAGAAUUG